AUGCCCGCCAAUACUCCAGCCCAACAACCCCAACAUACCCUCCUCACCCACAUCCAAAACCCCACCACAAACAAUAUCCUUCUCUUCGGAUGCCAAUCCCCAACCUUCACUCCCUCCCAAUUUCAUCUCCUCCGACGAACCAUCCACUCCCAUCCGGAGAAUCACUGGGUGCUUGAUGCUUUCGCCUCUUUACCGUCUUAUAUCCGCUAUGCGGAAUCAUACCUCCCCUUCCUCCGGGACAGACUUCCUCAUGCGGAGGAGCAACUUCGCGAGCUGAGGCGAUGGGUGCUGAGUACCGAUGUGCCGGUGAAGGAGGAGUGGUUCCCGUUGCCGUAUGUGUUGCAUGCGCCGUUGUUGAUGGUCGGGCAUUUGGUGCAGUUUGGGGAGUAUAUACGCCUUCGGCGGAAGGAAGGACAUGGGGAAGGGGUAGGGGAUGAAGGGGAGAAGGUUGGGGUGGAAAUUGUGGGCUUUUGUAUUGGGUUUCUGAGCGCUGCUGUGGCGGCCGCCGCGGGAGGGCUGGAUGGGCUGAAGGUUUGGGGCGCUGUUGGGAUAAGGUUGGCGAUGUUGCUCGGGGCGAUGGGGGAUGCGAUGGAGUGGGAGAGGAGGUUUACGUCUGUGACGGUGACGGGGAGUGAGAUGGAGGUGAAGGGGGUGUUGGAGGAGUUUCCUGAGACAUACAUCACCGUGCACUAUGACUCGAACCGCAGCACCAUCAUGACCCCCCGAAGCAGCCUCUCCCCCCUACUCCAAGCCCUCCACUCCGCCGGGUUCUCAGCAUCCCACAUCGACUUCAACGGCCGCUACCACUGGACCGGACACAGUGAUACCCUCGACGCCCUCUACGCUCUCUGCGACGCCCAUACCACCCUUCAGCUCCCGGACGCAUCGCAUCUCCGCUAUCAGACAUGGACAAACAUAACCGGCAAGCCUAUACACUCAGGACCCCUCCACCGCCUCGUCCUUCAAUCCGUCCUCUCCCGGCCUUGCAUGUGGUAUCAGACAUUCUCAUCCAUAUACUCCUCCCAUCUACAAUACACCAAUGCGAUCGUAAUUGAAUUUGGCCACGAACGAUGCAUUCCCCCGUCCUUCCUACGCAGUUUACGCGACCGUAUCAUCCACUUCGACGACCUACAGCUAGAUUUCUUCCCACGCAUCGUUUCACCACUCCAGCCGCCUCGCAUCUACGAUGAAGACAUCGCAAUGAUCGGAAUGGCAGUUCGCGUCGCCGGCGCAGACGACCUAGACGAGUUCUGGCAGCUGCUCUGCGCCGGUAAAUCCCAGCACAGGGAACUCCCUCCGGAACGAUACAAGGACUACGAGACGCCGUGGCGGCCAGAUGCUACUACUCGGCCCUGGAUGGGAAACUUCAUCGCCGACAUCGACGCCUUCGAUCACAAGUUCUUCAAAAAGGUACCCCGCGAGGUCAUGGCGCAGGAUCCGCAGCAAAGGUUACUCCUGCAGGUGGCGUAUCAGGCGCUGGAACAAGCUGGGUACUUUUCCCAUAAUAGCAAAACCACCUCCACGAAAGAUAUAGGCUGCUACGUCUCCUGCUGUACAGUUGACUACGAACAUAACGUGAACUGCCACCCAGCCAGCGCCUAUGCCGCCACAGGUCUCCUGCGCAGCUUCAUCGCCGGCAAAUUGAGUCACUACUUCGGCUGGCGCGGACCAGCACUCUGCAUCGAUACAGCGUGCUCCGGAUCGACAGUCGCAUUGCACCACGCGUGUCGGGCCAUCCUGAACGGUGAUUGCAAGGCCGCGUUGGUCGGCGGCGUCAAUUGCAUCACUAGUCCGCUAGGAUUCGAUAACCUCAACGGCGCGUCGUUCCUCAGUCCUACGGGCCCCUGCAAACCCUUCGACGCCAAGGCGGACGGGUAUUGCCGCGGCGAAGGGGUCGCGGCAAUCUUCAUUAAGAGGAUGAGAGAUGCGCUUAGAGAUGGGGAUCAUAUUUUGGGGACUAUUGCCGGCACUGCAGUCGAGCAGAAUGAUAAUUGUACGCCUGUCGUGGUGCCCCAUGCAGGGUCGUUGGCGGGCUUGUUCAGGAAGGUUAUGAGACGUGCGAGAAUUCAUCCAGGGCAUGUGUCAGUCGUGGAGGCGCAUGGCACGGGUACGCAGGCGGGAGAUCCGGCGGAAUAUGCCAGUGUAAGCGAGGUUAUGGGGGGUGUACAAGGGAGGGGGAAGCUUUCGUUAGGGUCGGUGAAGGGGUUAGUUGGACAUACGGAGGGGGUAUCGGGGAUGGUGGCGCUGGUUAAGGUGCUGCUGAUGAUUCAUGAGAGGAGGAUUCCGCCGCAGCCCGGGUUUGAGACGUUGAAUCCAAACAUUAAGGCCGAUGAGAAGAUUGUAAUUCCGACGGAAUCGAAGAGUUGGGAGGCGGAGUAUCGCGUCGCGUUAAUUAAUAAUUAUGGGGCUUGUGGGUCGAAUGCCUCUGUUGUGGUUACGCAGGGUCCUAUGGAGAGAGGACAGGAUGGCGCUGUUCAUGGACGGGGUCUCUCACUGCCGUUUAGGCUGUGUGGGCUGGAUGAGAAUAGGAUCCGUGAUUAUGCCCGACGACUCCGACAGUUUCUGCAGGAAAAAGCGCUUUCUUCACGGCAUGCUUCCUCACUGGCGAACAUCUCCUUCAGCGCCUGUCGCCAGUCGAAUCCGACGUUGGACUGCCAGGUUGUCUUCAGCUGCUCUUCGAUAGACGACCUGGAGGUACAACUAGCAUCUGUAGCCGACGGGAGGGACACACAUUUCAUGCGACUGAAAAAGCAAGUGUCCCCCAUCGUGCUUUGCUUCGGAGGCCAAGUAUCUACCUUUGUGGGAUUAGACCGCACCGUUUACGAAACCAUUCGCGUGUUUCGCGACCAUCUCGACAAUUGUGACCGUCUCCUCAGGAGGUCUGACUAUCCUAGUCUCUAUCCCGGUAUCUUCGAGCGCAUCCCAGUUACAAACCAUGUCAAGCUGCAAACUCAGCUCUUCUCGCUACAGUACGCAUGCGCGCGCUCUUGGAUGGACUGCGGCGUGCCUGUUUCCGCUGUUGUCGGCCACAGCUUCGGCGAGCUAACAGCCAUGUGCGUGUCUGGAGUACUGUCUCUCGAAGAUGCAUUGACAUUGAUCGUCCGCCGUGCUCGUCUGAUCCGAGACAAAUGGGGCACAGAUCCCGGCGGGAUGAUCGCGGUUGAAGGCGAACGGGUGGAGAUCGACGGACUUCUAACAGAGUCUGCGAAGACCACACCCACCGACGUAGACCCAGCAGCGAUAGCUUGCUUCAAUGGCCCUCGUAGCUUCACUUUAGCUGGCCCGAUAGUGGCCAUAAAUGUAGUCCAGCAGACUCUCACGACGCACCAUACAUUCAAUCGCCUGAGAUGGAAGCGACUAGAUGUCACCAAUGCCUUCCAUAGCACCUUGGUAGAGCCGCUGAUGUCUGAUCUGCACAACAUAACGCAGGACUUGACGCUCAGCGAGCCGAACAUCCACCUAGAACCGGCGGCAGAGCAUCCAGUAUCCCGUCUGCCACCUAAAAGUAUAGUAGCUGACCAUCUACGCCAGUCUGUGUAUUUCAGCCAUGCUGUUCAGCGUCUGGUCGCAAAAUAUCCCUCCUGUAUCUGGCUAGAAGCGGGCUCCGGAUCAACAAUAACGCUGAUGGUUAGUCGCGCAUUAGAGGCUUCCAGCGUGAAUCAUAAAUUCCAAGGUGUCAAUAUCACAGGGCAGAACGGUAUCCGCGACUUGACGGACGUCACGAUGGCGCUUUGGAAAGAGGGCGUGCCCACCAUAUACUGGGCGCACCACUUCACGCAGACUCCAGAUUACGGGAUUGUAUUACUUCCACCGUAUCAGUUCGAGAAGAGUCGUCAUUGGAUGGAUAAUAAGCCGUUGCCGAUUGUCAGUCAUCAGAAAACUCCUACGCCGAGUGAUGAGGAACUUGAGUUCCUCGGCUACCAAGACAAGGACGAGCUCAUCUCCAGGUUUCGCGUCAACACUGCCCACCCCAAGUACAGAGAAGCACUAUCUGGUCAUGUUGGCGCGCAGACGGCUCCGCUUGCUCCUGCGUCGCAUAUGUUGGACAAUGUUGUAGAGGCACUGCGGAGCCUGCCAGAAGGAAAAGACAAGAUACCGCAGGUGCGGAAUGUAACAAGCGAUGCACCGCUGGGGCUUGACAGCCGAGAUGUCUACAUCUUGCUGCAUGCGAAAAUUGAAGAAAAGACCAUCUGGGAUGUGAAGUAUAUUAGCGAAGAUAGCCAGAAAGGUCCUCGCUCUCAAUUGGAGCAUUGCGUCGCCCAGAUCAAAAUGUUUGACCCUGACGACGCCGAGCUUUCUGCUGAGUUUGCUCGCUACGGUCGCCUGAUAAAUCAUCGACACUGUCAGGAGCUCCUCAACGAUCCAAACGUAGAUGACGUGCUGCAAGGGCGUAAUAUUUACCGAUACUUUUCCGAAGUCGUCGAAUAUUCUGAGAAAUUUCGCGGAGUGACAAAGCUAGUAGGCAAAGGGAACGAAUCAGCCGGGCGGGUUGUCAAGAAAUAUUCUGCCGAGACUUGGGCCGACACGUUCCUUUGUGACUCCUUCAGCCAAGUUGGUGGGUUUUGGGUGAACUGCAUGACGGACCGGUUGCCAUCGGAUAUCUACAUCGCCAGUGGGAUGGAACAGUGGAUGCGCACACCAAUAUACGCCGACCCAGAAACACCUCGACCGGAAGUAUGGGAUGUCUUGGCGACACAUGAGCGGUCGGAUGGGUUUUAUACCAGCGAUAUAUUCGUCUUCGAUCCAAAGAGUGGCCGGUUAGUCGAAAUAUUCAUCGGUAUGAAGUACUCCCGUGUGCCCAAGGCGAUGUUCUGCAAAACCCUUUCCAAGUUGUACUCGGGCGAAUCCCAGGCCAAAUCCAUUAUACCUGAAAUUACUUCGGCAUUGGCUGUGGCUGGUAAGGAUCAGGCACCAUCAGCAGAUAGAAAACAAAACCAUAAGAAUGCGGACCUGCCUGCACGCAUCAAGUCGGUGGUGGCUGAAUUUUGCGCCGUAGACCCCAGAGAAAUCUGCGACGACAAUAACAUAGCAGAUGCAGGCGUGGAUUCCUUGAUGGCAAUGGAAUUGGCGCGGGAGUUGGAGGAAGCCUUCAACUGCACCCUGUCGGCAACGGAUUUGAUGGAGGCAGAGACAUUCCGUGAGCUUGUCUGUGCAGUACAGAAAGCGAUGGGAUCAGACAAAAAUAACCAAGAAAGCCUUGACAGCAGCACUACAUCCAACAAUGGUGGCCAAGAUACUGAUUCUGUCGAUGCGCCUUCCGAAUCAAAUACCAGGGCCAGCACGGACACUCCAGAACUGCAUUUGCCGGAAGACCUUGUUCUGAAGGCGUUUGGUGAGACCAAAGCCUUGACCGAUCAUUUUCUGUCAGAGAAUCACUGCAGUGGGCGCGUCCACAGCUUCAACCCUCUACAAAUGCAGCUCUGCGUCACCCUCACACUAGAGGCGUUCGAGGCUCUAGGCUCAUAUAUACGCACCGCACAGCCAGGCGAGCGUCUAGACCGCAUUUGGCAUGAUCCCCAGCAUCAAGAAUUGGUCGAUUACCUGUACCGACGGUUAGAAGAAGCCCGUCUCGUGGACAUGGAAGGGACGGUCGCGAUCCGUACAGGGGUUGCAGGGACCUACAAGCCCAGUGCCACCAUUCUGGAAGAGAUUAAUCGCACCUAUUCUGAAUUCGCAGGAGCUAGCAAGCUUGCCUUCUACACAGGCAGCAAGUUGGCUUCUGUCCUGCGUGGUGACCAGGACGGCCUGCAACUCAUCUUCGGAACCAAAGAGGGACAAGAACUUGUUUCUUGGAUGUAUGGUGAUGAGUCGCACAAUGUCACCGGGUACAAGCAAAUGUUGGAUUUUAUCCAGCGUCUGGCAAGCAAACUUGACGGAAAGUCAGGGGAACCACUGAGGAUCCUUGAAAUGGGUGCCGGUACUGGUGGUGGUACCAAGUGGCUGCUUCCUGGACUUGCUAAACUUGGGAUCGCUGUUGAGUAUACAUUUAGCGAUAUUUCACCUGCCUUCCUGGCUCAAGCCCGUCGGCGGUUCAAGGAUUACUCAUUUGUAAAAUACAGAGUGCACGACAUCGAAAAGGCACCAGCUGAUGAUCUUGUCGGGACCCAGCACAUCAUUAUCGCGAGCAAUGCUGUGCAUGCGACAUCGAACCUUCAAGUUUCGACGCGUCAUAUGCGAGAUGCAUUACGGCCUGAUGGAGUAGUCAUGAUGCUGGAGAUGACUCAGCCUCAGUUUGCUAUCGACAUAGUGUUUGGACUUUUUCGCGGCUGGUGGGUGUUCAAUGACGGGCGCACUCAUGCUAUUACCAGCGAGCUGCGCUGGGAGACAGAUUUGCAUGCGGUUGGGUACGGUCAUGUCGACUGGACAGAUGGUUAUUCACCAGAAGUAAGCGUUCAACGCGUCAUUUUCGCUACAUGCACAGGAAAACAGAGCGCACGUCUGCCUCUGGGCCCAAAACCAGAAAGCAUAGAUCUUCUUGCGGGAGUUGACUCUGCAGCUCGUAGAAGAACUGCUGAUGGAUAUAUUUGGCGUGCUAUUGAAGGUUUCACCGCGCCUAUACCGGCUGGAAAGAGUAAUCCAGGUUCUAUAGGCGUGCUUGUCACUGGCUCCACAGGAAGCCUGGGUGGUCAUCUCGUUGCACACUUAGCUCGGAUGAAGGAAGUUGGACGCGUUUUCUGUAUCAACAGAAGGGGUGCGGAGCAACCGAUGGAGCGGCAAAGACGAGCUCUGACUGAGCGUGGUAUAAUUCUAACCGCGGAAGAAUUGGACAAAGUCGAAGCUUUCUCAUUGGAAGACGGGGAGGCACUCCUAGCUCUUUCAAGUGAACAGUAUGACACACUGAAGAGUAAUGUCACGCAUAUUAUCCACAACGCUUGGCCCAUGAACGGAGCGAUGAGCGUAGCGGCCUUCGAGUCCCAGUUUCGGAUGAUGAGAAGCUUGGUUGAUCUAGCUUCCGAAAUAUCUUCUGUUCGUUCGGCUAACGAUCGCAUUGGGUUUCAAUUUAUAUCAUCAAUCGGAACAGUUGGCCACCGACCGUUAUUGACCGGCGAGGCAACCGUGAUAGAAGAGCACGGCACGAUCGACUGGGCACUGACAAACGGCUACGCGGAAGCCAAGUUUGUCUGCGAGCAAAUCCUUCAUCGGACAUUGUGUCAACACCCUGACCGAAUCAACGCAAUCGUAGUAAGACCCGGACAAAUAGCAGGCUCGUCCACGAGUGGAUACUGGAAUGCUGCGGAGCACUUUCCGGCUCUGUUAAAAUCCGCCCAAACACUCAAGAUCCUCCCUUCGUUGGACGGAGUGCUGUCCUGGACACCGGUGGAUGUCGUAGCGGCCACCUUAUCGGACCUCCUCUUUACAGAGAAUCCCCAUCCAGUUUAUCAUAUCGAUAAUGCGGCCCGUCAGUCGUGGUCUGAGAUGAUAAUGUUCCUCGCGCCAGAGUUGAACAUUCCACCGGACAACAUUAUUCCAUUUCCCGAAUGGCUUCAGCGAGUCAAAGCAUUCCCCGGAAGCCGUGAAGACAAUCCGGCCAGUGUGAUGGCGGAUUGGUUGAGAGACAACUUUGAGCGCAUGUCGUGCGGGGGACUGUUGCUGGAUACUUCGCGUGCACGCGAAAGGUCACCUUCCCUACGGGCACUGGGCCCGGUGGGUGAGGAGGUGGUGCGUCGGUAUAUUCAAAAAUGGAGGCAAACUGGUUUUCUGCAUUCAUAG